UAUGACUCAUCUCUGAGGAUGGGAGGAAGUGGAUCCAAAGCCAAAGGCGUCUGGCCUUUCUCAGGCAGUGGAGGCGAUUCAGCAAAUGAUGGAAACGAACAGUCGUUGGCCCGUAUGAAAGGUUCAAGAAAUGCAACACCUUUUGUGUUCACCAGGAGAAGUUCUUUGUACUAUGACGAGGAUGGUGACCUUGCCCAUGAAUUCUACGAGGAAACGGUGGUGACAAAAAAUGGCAGAAAAAGGUCAAAGUUGAAAAGGAUCCAGAAAAAUCUGAUUCCACAGGGAAUUGUGAAGCUCGACCAUCCGUGUAUUCAUGUUGAUUUCCCCAUCAUCCUCUGUGAGGUGUGA